AGGCAACCAUGUGUGCCACCAGCAGUCUGCAAAGCGAAAGUUAACCGACCCAAGGGAUGCGCACACGUGAUGGGAUUCACACCUUGGUGCCUGAGGCGAUAACUCAGAGCCUUCUUCCCCCAACUCGGUGAAAAGGAAACGAAUACGAUUCACGUACAGGGCUCCUCCCGCCACUGCAUGCAUGCCUCGCCAUGGACGAGUCAGGUUCAACACGAGUACGCUCUCGGCGAUCGCACAAUAAAUCUCGCUUGGGAUGUCAGAAUUGCAAGCGAAGACGAGUGAAGUGUGAUGAGAAAAAGCCCGCGUGCGGUCCCUGUGUGCGCCACUCCAUCGACUGCGACUUCAUCCUCCCGGCUGCCGCUCCGUCCGCCUCAAGCACCACCACGCGGCAGUAUCGCUUUCGGCGAUCGAGGUACCAACAUGCGACCCAGACAGAAUCAUCUACAGCAUCCAGAUCCGGCUCGGAGGCUCGAGGGUCGGGGCCGGUGUCGACCGGAACCCAAUGUGACCUCGCCGCCAGCCAGCCGCCCGGCGGGAUCUCGUUCGCGGAUCUCAAACUGUAUCACCACUACAUGACCACUACUUACAAGACGCUGGCGGACGAGAAAGGGGACACGCAUGGUGUCUGGUCCAACCACGUGCCACGCUGGGGGAUCUCCUUUCCCUCCAUCCUGCAUCUCAUUCUCUCGCUGUCGGCGCUUCAUCUGGCGGCCGAGAACCCCGACUCACGGGCCGAGUACCUCGCCCAGGCGGACGACCACUUCACCUUUGGGGUGCGGUCGGUAACCGCGGUGCUGGCGCUGCUGAACUCGGAGAAUUGCCAGCUGAUCUACAUGUCGGCGGCGUUGAUCUGCCUGGCCUACUUUGGCCGGGGGCCCCGCAUCGGCGAAUACCUUGUGUUUAGUCAGAGCGGUCAGUCCGAGUGGCUGGUGUUGCUCCGCGGGGUGCGAUCCAUUCUGACCACCAACCACGAACGCAUCUUCACGGGGGUGUUGACCCCGGUCCCCGACGACAGUAUCAAGGAGGUCAGUCCGGCACUGCAGACGGAACUGGACCGGCAUCUGUCGCAGAUCCAGGCCCUGCGGUCCUGGAUCACGUCGCAGGUGAGUGAUGUCGCCGUCUGCGAGGUCUAUACAGCCUCGAUCGAGGAUUUGAUGUCCAUUCUCCGAGAAGCAUACGCAUUCCGCAGCGCCGGCAAGGACGGAAUCCAUCUGAUGCAUCUGGCUAUGGGGUGGAUCUAUCGGGCGCGAGAGGAGAUGAUUGCGUUGUUAGAGGCGAGAGAUCCGUAUGCGCUGGUGGUGUAUGCGCAUUGGAGCAUCAUACUCCGGUAUAUGCAGUCGUGUUGGCUGAUGAGGGGGUGGGAUGAGCAUGUUGUUGGGGGAGUGAGGGCGUUGUUGCCGGUGGAGUUGCAGGGAUGGAUCGAGUACCCGCUGAGUGUGGUUGCUGGUGGUGUUUCUUAGUGCUCUAUAUAGACAAUUUGUUUUGGGUUCUUUUCUUCUUCUUGGGUCUCGCGCAUCGUGUCUCUUGGCCAUCGCGUCAUUCGAGUACGCCCCGUGUCUAUACCUGUCGCAGCACCUUGAUCAUUGUUGCUAUAAUUGUUUUGUCCGGCACCCCACCCCGUCGG